AACAAACGCCUUUUUUAUUUCGCCUAAAUUAAGAUUUGAUGGCCAUUAGGCCUCCGAGUCUGAGUCUGAGUCUGAGACAGCAAUUCGCAAUCUUCCAUCACCAUAAUAGGACUCUCUUCUCUCUCUUCUUUCCCUCCUCACCUAAGCCUCUCUCCCCAUUCCAGCAAUCCUCCAUCACCUUUCUCCGUCGAUUGGCUUCCAGCGCUACUUUCUCUCGCCAAAAGCAACAGCAAGACCGCCAACCGUCGUUAAUCCCCCAUCGGUUGAAGUCGUUAGCUCCCUUGCCGGACACACUGGCGCAGAAGAUCGGGAAAUCGAUUCGCCGCCCUGGCGCCCCAUCCAAGGCUAGGGUUUACACCGACGUCAAUGUCAUCCGUCCUAAGGAGUAUUGGGAUUACGAGUCCCUCACCGUCCAAUGGGGGGAGCAGGAUGAUUAUGAGGUGGUGAGGAAGGUUGGGAGGGGGAAAUACAGUGAGGUUUUUGAGGGUGUUCACUGCACGGAUAAUGAGAAAUGCGUCAUUAAGAUUCUUAAACCUGUGAAGAAGAAAAAGAUUAAGAGGGAGAUUAAAAUACUGCAGAAUCUUUGUGGAGGGCCAAAUAUUGUGAAGCUGCUUGAUAUAGUUAGAGAUCAGCAAUCAAAGACCCCAAGUCUUAUUUUUGAGUAUGUGAAUAAUACUGAUUUUAAAGUGCUUUAUCCCGCACUUUCGGACUACGACAUUCGAUUUUACAUCUAUGAACUUCUGAAGGCAUUGGAUUACUGCCACUCACAAGGUAUUAUGCAUCGAGAUGUGAAGCCCCAUAAUGUCAUGAUUGAUCAUGAGCAGAGGAAGCUUCGUCUUAUAGACUGGGGACUAGCGGAGUUUUAUCAUCCUGGGAAAGAAUACAACGUUCGUGUUGCUUCAAGAUACUUCAAAGGCCCUGAACUUCUUGUUGAUUUGCAAGAUUAUGAUUAUUCUUUAGACUUGUGGAGCCUUGGCUGUAUGUUUGCUGGAAUGAUAUUCCGAAAGGAGCCAUUCUUCUAUGGGCAUGAUAAUUAUGAUCAGCUAGUCAAAAUUGCCAAGGUACUCGGAACAGAUGAAUUAAAUGCAUAUUUGAAUAAGUACCGCAUAGAAUUGGAUCCUCAUCUUGCAGCCCUAGUUGGCAGGCAUAACCGGAAACCAUGGACGAAGUUUAUUAAUGUUGAGAAUCAGCAUUUGGCAGUUCCUGAGGCUGUUGACUUCCUUGACAUGUUGCUGCGAUAUGAUCACCAAGAUAGGCCAACUGCAAAAGAAGCAAUGGCCCAUCCAUACUUCUAUCCAAUUAGAAACGCAGAAAGCAGCAGGGUUCGUACGUAGUUUCAAAUCUGAGGAUGCUGUCAAGUUGCAGCAUCUGUCUGUGCUUGUUAAGGACCUUUCCCUUGUAUCUGACGUAAUUUAAAAUUAUGGUGGUGAGCAUGCAUCUGAUGAACUCGUUAAUGUUUCUUUGUUACGAAGUGAUUCGAUUUUUCAAUGCUUAAUUUAGAUAUUUUCUUA